ACCAAAACCAAACUAUCUAAUCUAGAAGUGCACCGUUUCAGGCGAAGAAAAUAGGAUAUGGGAACGGGCUCUCCCAACAUACUCUGGGGCUACAUGACGCUGCAGCGCAGGAACAUGUUCCAGGCGCGUCAUCAGGCCCUUACGAUUUCGGAGGCAGAAGCGGCGCAAUACGAGACGGACCAAGGCCUAGAAUCGAAUACACCCACCGGGAGAAUGAAUGUUCUUAAAACACAAGAGUGGUUGUACCAUACAGAAUGCCCCUGGAUAUGUACCUACCUCUAUAAAUUCAGGAUUCCGGUGCUGCAUACACUUUUCGCAUUGGUUGGAAAGUACCCUGGCAUUACGGAAAAAUCAUAUUGGAAUAGUAUUUAAGCUCUGCAGUGGAUGCAUUUCCAAUAAGUCCAUGAAAGUUCUAAUGAUGGUUUUAUUAUUGAACGAAAGAAAAGCCAAUAAUAUCUGACACGCCCGAAGAAAACACAUCCCAGACUGUUGCUACGGGGCUCACCAAUAUGGAAACUUUCUCGUAUAUUUAUUAUGUCUUUGUAUGUACUGUAUACAUACUUAUUUUUUUAUAUUUUUUAUAUGCCGAGCAUAAGAUAAUACACAAAGAAAAUUGAAAUACGAAUUAUAUAAACUAGAAUUAAAAUCAAACUGUAAAUUAGCUUACAAAGUAAUCCAACUUAGAGUUCAUAACGGAUGCAAUUAAAGGAACAUACAUAAAUUACAUACAUAA